AUGCAUAAAUAAUUGAAUUCAAUAAGUUUCGUUUCUGCUAAUAGUGGAUUCUCUGAUUUGUAAUCUUCUUCUAUUAUUAAAGGUAAUCAUUAUUUAUUAGCCAAAUCAAUUGAUCACAAUCCUGAAUUGAUUUAAUAACUUUUUGAAACUAAAAAGUUAGAGAAAACUAAAAAUAUAUUUUAAGAUCCACUUAAUCUAAAAAUUUUAUAACAUGAUCAUGCAAUUGGACCAAAAUAUGAAAAAAAUAAAAUUGUCCCAAGAACUAUUGUAGGAAAACCUGAUAUCUUCAAAAAAAAAUAACCUCUUCAGCAUUUAAAUUAAGACUUACAGAAUCCAAAUUAAUAGAUAGGUCUAUUGGAGUCAAUUAGUAUGUCUAAAAAGGAAUCUCCCUUAUAAAGAAAAAUAACACAAUUAAAAAUAGCUUAAACACCUGUUAAGAUUUCUAAAUAAGCAAAAACUGAAAAUCUUAUUACAGGUUAGGAGUUAAUUAAUAAAAUUACUUAGUUGGAAAAAAGAUUAAUCUAAAAUAGUAUAGAUGAAUAGAAGUCAAUUGAAAAAAUGCCAUUUCUAAAAAAAUAAAGUUUAUAUAGAGAUCAAAGAGCUUUAGAGGAUUUUGAUAAUAAAGAGAAAAUUCAUUCUAAAUUACUUCAUUCCUUAUCAACUCGUAUAUCUAGAAAUCCAAGUUGCUCUUUAAUGAUGGAUUUGUAUAAUUUUAGAAAAAAAUAAGAAUAUUCAAGUACAAAUGAUUAAAUGAUGGAAUUAUCUGAAAAUAAAAAUCAAUAAAUAAUGUAAACAUUUUUAUAAUAAAUUAGAGAGAUGUAAUAAUAAAAUCAAGUACCAAUCUUCAUAUGUACUGAUAGAUAGUAAAUUAUUAGAAAACCAUAUCUAUUUGAAAAAGAUUAAACUAUUUCCGCUAUUCUAAAAUAAUAAAAUGAUGACUAAACAUUUUAAAGUUUUACAUCAAAUAGAGUAUUAAAAGAAAAUGAAUUAAAAUAUAAACCAAUGGCUAGAAUAAAAAUUAAUAUGAAUAUAGAUUAAUUGAUGAUAUUUGGAUAAUCUAAAUAUGAAUAAGAAAUCUCUAUAGAUCCUUAUCAUAAAUAUAUAAUCAAUGAAAUCGAAAAGUAACCUUUAAAUGAAGAUGAAAUAUUAUGA